AUGAAGAAAUCCAGACCUCAAGAGGAAAGGAGGAAAAUUGAACUGCCACAAAGAAGAACCACUACAUUCUCUUUUGAUAUUGUUGAUUCACUGUGUAGUUCAGAAGAGGACAGUUCACUCGGGGGGAAAGAAAUCUUUAGUGAUGUCACAAAAACAGGUGUCUCAACGGAUGGCUUAUUACAAAUCUCUCUGGGUUCAGGUGAUAGAGAAAAUCGAUCUGCUGAUAAUGCACAGAGACAGCCAAUUGAGGAUUCCAAAUUGAGAUGUGAUCCAGAUGUUGGUCCUUUAAAUGAUGCUGUUGUCCAUAGGGAGUGGGGUCGUGCUCUUACUUUGCACAAGUCACUAUCUGCUAAAUUGGCACUGCCCCAUUCACCUGCUCUCACCUGA